AUGUUGGGAGUCUUUCUGAAUUCGUCGUGGGGGACUGGGUCGAAAAUCCUCGUCACCUGGGGCCGUGGUGGAUUUCGUCGCCGUCGAGAGACUUUGUACGGAGUUCAGAACAUCGCGCCGGGCGAAGUUUACUUCCAUGCCCCACGCUUGCGGUUCUACACCGAUGCCAUCCUCGAAAUCACGGCCGAGUUGGAGGAGACUUGUUGGCAUGCUUUCACGCAGAGAGAAUGCGAGAUGGAGGCGAUUGUGGACCCGUCGGCGGCGAAUGACGGCCCUGGGUUUGAUUUGAUGUUGAAGUGGAAUGGGUUGGUUUCAACAAGGAAGAGAACACCCCGCAAGAGCUGCCAAAUAAGGUCUGGGAUGCCGCGCCGCAGAUUCUCAGAUCGAAGCUGCGGCGGCUGGUAUUGUCGAAAAGCGUUCGGGCUCGGUUGA